AUGAUCGCUUUCCACGCAUUUCUCCUGUCCCUCGUACUCGUUACAGGUUCCUUCACUAUAACUGGUUCAUCGGCUCUAUCCCAUCGUCACUCUUCGCCCUACCGUCUCUCACAGGCCUGCAUCUUCUCCAACUACCUCACGGGCACCAUCCCUCCCAUCCCCUCAUCCCUCGUGGGCCUAGACGUUGCUUACAACUUCCUCUCCGGCUCCCUCCCUCCUCACUCCCUCAAAUUCUGCGCCGCCGAGAACAACUGCUUCUCCUCCUCCUCCCCCUCCUCCUCGUGCAAUUUCUACGGAACGAAGCAGAGGGCUGCAGCGGAGUGUACAGUGUGUGGGAUGGGUGAUGCGGCAGCAGGGAAUGUGUGCUGGGACGGUGUGUGCACAGCAGACGCUGCAGCAGUGGCGUCUCAAGGCAUUCCCAACGGGCCCACACGGCCCACUCUUGCCAUGUCUUGCGUAGGCUCAACUGUCGUCACCAUCCGCUCCUCCUUCUCAUCUACUCUCCUAGCCCUCAAGUCAACCCUGGGAGUGACGCACACAACAUGGGUUUCAAGCAUGCCGUGUGCCAUAGACGGCACCAACCCGAGGCCCGGCCAGACAUGGUCGGGCGUGCGCUGUGACGCCACGGGGAGUGUCACUUUCCUGGACUUGAGCUACCAGCAGCUGAAAGGGUCCCUCCAUGCGGACAUCAGCAAGCUCACCACUCUCACUCACCUGAGUCUCCAUGCCAACCUCUUUUGGAUGUCACUCAGAAGCAUAAUCUCCCCCCUCUCAACUCUCACUAAUCUCAAGAUGAUCCAGCUGCAGUACAACUGGCUGUACGGCUCCAUUCCAUCCGUCCUUCUGUCACUGCCUCGCCUCACAAGGCUUGAGCUGCAGUACAGCUGGCUCUACUGCUUCAUGCCAGCUGCCCGUCUGGCACUGCCCCACCUCACAAAGCUGUGGGCCUUUUUCCUCUCAGAUACUGCUACCACCAUGUGCCUCAUCGCCAUGUGCCUCAUCGCCAUGUGCCUCAUCGCCAUGUGCCUCAUCGCCAUGUGCCUCAUCGCCAUGUGCCUCAUCACCAUGUGCCUCAUCACCAUGUGCCUCAUCGCCAUGUGCCUCAUCGCCGUGUGCCUCAUCACCAUGUGCCUCAUCACCAUGUGCCUCAUCACCAUGUGCCUCAUCGCCAUGUGCCUCAUCGCCAUGUGCCUCAUCACCAUGUGCCUCAUCACCAUGUGCCUCAUCGCCAUGUGCCUCAUCGCCGUGUGCCUCAUCACCAUGUGCCUCAUCACCAUGUGCCUCAUCACCAUGUGCCUCAUCGCCAUGUGCCUCAUCGCCAUGUGCCUCAUCGCCAUGUGCCUCAUCGCCAUGUGCCUCAUCGCCAUGUGCCUCAUCGCCAUGUGCCUCAUCGCCAUGUGCCUCAUCGCCAUGUGCCUCAUCACCAUGUGCCUCAUCACCAUGUGCCUCAUCGCCAUGUGCCUCAUCGCCGUGUGCCUCAUCACCAUGUGCCUCAUCACCAUGUGCCUCAUCACCAUGUGCCUCAUCGCCAUGUGCCUCAUCGCCAUGUGCCUCAUCGCCAUGUGCCUCAUCGCCAUGUGCCUCAUCGCCAUGUGCCUCAUCGCCAUGUGCCUCAUCGCCGUGUGCCUCAUCGCCGUGUGCCUCAUCACCAUGUGCCUCAUCACCAUGUGCCUCAUCACCAUGUGCCUCAUCGCCAUGUGCCUCAUCACCAUGUGCCUCAUCGCCAUGUGCCUCAUCGCCAUGUGCCUCAUCGCCAUGUGCCUCAUCGCCAUGUGCCUCAUCACCAUGUGCUUGGUGUACCACAUGAAUUUGAUGCUUUGCACAUAUCCCUUUUCCAUUUUGGGGGGAUUGUUCCAAUCUCCUUAA